AUGAGUAAUGAGAGUGAUAUGGAUGUUGACAACGAGGAAGUCAAUUCUAGAAUUUGUCGUUCCGUGGCAGAAGUUUUCCAAAAGGCACAAUCCACUUACGCAGGUCAUAGGAAACAUAUAGCAGUAUUGAAGAAGAUCCAAUCCAAAGCAGUAGACCAAGGAUAUGAGGAAGCGUUUAAUUAUUGGUUUAAUAAGUGUGUUACAAAGAUUUUACCUUUGAAAAAGAACGAAGUUGUGGGAGAUCGUAUCAUUAAACUGAUCGCGGCAUUUAUCGCCUCAUUAGAUAGGGAGAAUGAUUUAUUGAUUCAAGCACAGGAUCAACAAAACGAGGAUGAGGAAGUUGACAGUACAUUUUCUAGGUUUAUUAACCAAUUUGUAAGACAUAUACUGCGGGCAAUAGAAUGCAAGGACAAAAAUGUUCGAUUUCGUGUGACACAACUGCUGGUGGUUAUAAUGGAUAACAUUGGGGAAAUUGACGAAGAAUUGUACACACUGUUACUUUGGUCAUUGAAUAAGAGGAUAUAUGACAAAGAGCCAAUGGUAAGGAUUCAAGCUGUCUUUUGUUUAACCAAGUUCCAAGAAGAAAAUGAAAACGAAGGUGAAGAGGAAUUAAGUGAUGCGACACAGACUCUCCUGAAAUGUAUUCAAAACGAUCCAUCUGCAGAAGUAAGACGUGCAGCUAUGUUAAAUCUUAUUAGCAAUAAGAAGACGAGACCCUAUAUAUUGGAAAGAGCUCGUGAUGUCAAUGCUAUUAAUAGGCGGCUAGUUUAUUCCAGAGUGUUAAAAGGAAUGGGAAAAGUAUUAUUUGAAGAAGUGGAACCAAAAAUUCUUGAUCAAUUGAUAAUGUGGGGGUUGGAUGAUAGAGAAUCACAUGUAAGGAGAGAAUGUACGAAACUAAUAUCACACCAUUGGUUAAAUUUGUUGGAUGGUGAUUUGAUUCGUUUAUUAGAAAACUUGGACAUUACCUCGUCAACAUUUACUUCAAAGGCUUUGAACUCUAUGUUUCAAAGUAGAUCAGAUAUAAUAACCAAACUAAAGUUUCCAGCAGAUUUGUGGAAAGAAUUCACUAUCGAAACUGCGUUUCUUUUCAGGUGUUUUUACAUCUAUUGUGUGGAAAACAAUCUUAUUGAGAUUAUUGAAGAAAAUUUCCCAGAAACAGCCAUACUAGCAGACUACCUACAAUUUUAUCUAGAAAAAAGAUUCUUUCCUAAGAAUGCAGACACAAUGAAUGAGGAAGAUAAUGCGACAUACGAAUUUAUUCUAGAACAAUUAUUGAUUAUGGCGAAUAAGUACGAUUUUGGUGAUGAAAUAGGAAGAAGAUCAAUAUUAAAUACAGUGAGAACAAUGUUAAAUUUUACAAAAUUACCUGAUUCACUGAUUGCUAUCGGAUUAGAGGUCUUAAAGAGUCUAUCAAUUAACGAACGUGACUUCAUCACAAUGGCAAUUGAAAUUAUAAAUGACAUAAGGGAUGAUGAUAUUGAACUUCAGGAACAGGAAGAACACCAGAAAAAGAGAGAUGCCACCAAAGAAGGCAAUGAUGAAGAGGAGGAAAAUGACUCCGUUGAAUCUUUUCAUUCAGCGGUUGAGCAUUUAGUUAAUGGUGUUAGUAAUAUGUCGGAACAAGAUAUCAUGAACCAAUUGCCCCCAGAGAAGGAGGCUAGACCAGAAACAAUGAUUCAAUGUCUGACAAGAUCUGCUUAUAUGCUAAAACUGGUAAACACUUCAUUGAACGAAAAUAUUAUGAUAACGUCCUUAAUUGACACUUUGAUUACUCCUGCCGUGAGAAAUACGGAAAAUAAAAUUAGAGAAUUGGGUAUUCGUAACAUGGGCCUUUGCUGCCUUCUUGACCUUCAAUUGGCGAUCGAUAACCUAUAUAUCUUUGGAAUGUGUGUUUCAAAGGGUAAUGCAUCAUUAAAGAAUAUCGCUCUUCAAGUUAUCGUAGAUAUAUUUUCCGUUCAUGGCACGGCAGUAGUGGAUGGGGAUGGUAAGGUGGACUCGGUAUCUUUGCACAAGAUUUUUUAUAAAGUAUUGAAGAAUAACGAACUUCCUGAAUGUCAAGCCGUUGCAGCAGAAGGUUUAUGCAAAUUAUUUCUUGCAGAUAUCUUCAACGAUGAUGAUCUUUUUGAGGCUUUUGUUUUAGCCUAUUUUUCGCCUGAAAACAGUAAAAAUGAAGCACUGGUACAGGCGUUUGCAUUUUGCAUACCUGUUUAUUGCUUUUCUCAUCCAAAUCACCAAGAGAGAAUGACAAGGAUGGCUGCUGAUAUUUUACUAAGACUGUGUAUGAGAUGGGAUGAAUUACAGAAUAGUGAACCACCCGACGAAGAUUUAUCGAUGUUGAAGCCCAAUAUUAUCUUUCAGGAACUAAUAUUCUGGACUGAUCCGAGAAAGUUGGUAAAUAAAUCAGAAGAAGAGGCGUCAAAGAUUGAUUAUCAAUUAAGUUUCUUAAUCGAUGUUCUGAAAGUUUUAGGAAGAAUCGAGCAAAAAGAAAUAAAGAAAAUGUUUAUCACUAACGUGAAUUCAUUUUUCAUUUCGUCUGAGCAAGAUUCCACUAAAUUGACUGAAAUCCUCGAAUUCAUUAAUGAUACUUUAGAGAAUGAAACCUUAGGCCCUAUGAAUAAAAAUUCCUUGGAGAAAUUAAAGAAUACUGUGGGUGAAUGCCUUCAAAUAGCGCGGGAUAGAUCCACCAAUGAAUCGAGUAACACUUCUAAGCUAUCCUCUAAUGACACAGAUGAAUAUUCACGUGUAUUAGAAGAAUGUAGUACUAAUGAAGUUGCAGCGGCUGGCCACGAACCUGAACUGGAAGGUGGAGAGGUAGAUUCUACUGAAGUGAUCAAUAAUGAGGUUUCCGAUGGAUUUGAUAAACCGAAUGUAGAAAAUGAACCUUUAGCAGCAAAUGCAGGACAGAGUAACUGCCGUGGCAGCGAUCUUCUCGAACAGAUCGAUAAUUCCAUCGAAGGGGUAGCUCCGCCGCAGCGGAAUAUUCGUAAGAGAAGGAGAAACGAUAUUGAUGAGGGUACAAGUAAUGACUCAGUCACGACAGAAUCUCAAACUACAUCCGAUAUCAAACAGAAAAGUGUCAAUUUUAAUCUAGGAAACUUGAGCUUUGAUGAUGAAUCGGCAGCCGAUGCUUCCUAUGCUGAGUAA